AGGUUUGAGGUUAAGUUGAUUCGAGUCGGUUUCGUGCAAUGAAAAUUACUUUUUCCAGUCGGUACUCAUUCACUAACUUUACAUUUGUUUCACCAACGACUUCAUCGUAUACGAUCUACUUACUUGCAGGAGUCAUUCCAAAAAGUAUACAAGGAGGCCAAUUUCCAUCUUAUCCACAGAAUCGUCAAGGAAUCACAAGCCUAUGACCGAUGUGAAUCAAUUUUGGACACUGUUGUUUGAAUACAUAUUCAGAGCAUAGAUUUCAGUGAUUUUCUUUCUUAUGGAAUAAGUGUGAACUAUUUUUUGUGUGUUUAAAUGUUCAAAAAGCCGAAGCGUAACUUCCGUGCCAGGGAUUUUCAAGGUGAUGACAAUGAAGAAGGAGACGAUAAGGUUGAAACAGAUCCUCCCGCUCAGAAGUUACAAGUGCCAAAAAAAGCAGCGAAAGAGAAGAAAGCUGAAACUGUGAAGCAGUCUAUGCUAAGUUUCGGUGAAGAUUGGGAUGAAGGAGACGAUGGAGAAGUCUUUAAGGUAAAGAAAUCUGCGCAGAGCAAGAAGAUUAAAAAGCAAAUGACCCUGGAAAAGAAGAAGAAAAAAGAACCAAAACCUGAAAUCAAGGAGACCAAACCUGCGGAAAAAGUCAUAACUGUGAAUGAUGCUGUCACAAUCAAAAUAAAAAACCCCAUUGCUGGUCCAGUGCCUGGCAAAAUCUUAAAUGGGCGGGAAGCUGAAGUUGCGAAUUAUGAAGGCAGCGAGUCCGAUGAAGAGGAUGGACCAAACUCCCAUAAAUUUUCUCAUCCAGAUCAUGUCAAAUUCCUUCUCAAAAGUGGUCAUAUACCAGAUGCCAACCUCAUCCAUGAAGCAAGGAAAAGACGCCAAAAAGCAAGAGAAAUGGGCGAUUUCAUUCCCCUUGAAGAAAGUGCCAAAACCGAGUCAACUGAAGACAAAUCCAGAUUGAUUCGGGAAGAUGCAGAAGACAGUGAAGAAGAAGAGCGUAUCAACAUGGCUGGCAUCAGAUCACAAAAACUGGAUAAGCAAGAGAGGAGAGAAGCAUUUGACGCAGCUCAGCAAUCAGAAAAUGAAGAGGACUUAGACGGAGGAGAAGAAGACGAAUGGGAAAACCAGCAAAUUAGAAAAGCUGUUUCUGGUGCUCAGCUAGCAGCAGUUCAACAGGAGAGCAUGUUCAUGCAGCAGUAUAUGAACUCAGUACAGAUGUUACCGCAAGUACCCAGUUUCAUUCCAACUGUUCCUGUGGCCCCAGUCACCAUCGCUCCAACCCCAGACCUGGAUGCAGUUUUUACAGCAAAACCUUUAGUUUUUGAAGGUUCAAGUAUUACUCAAAAUCCUCAAAGUGUGGUUAAGUUACUUCGAGAGAGACUGACGAGUUUAGAGGAAGUCCAUCGAAGGCACAAGUUGGACAGAGAUGCUUUGAAACAUGAGCUUCAGAGUCUGGCGGAAGAAAACGAGCGAUGCAAAGCGGAAACGCCUAACCUGGCGCAGCGUUUUAGAUUUUAUCAAGAUUUACGUGGGUAUGUCACUGACCUGGUAGAAUGUCUUGACGAGAAGAUUCCGAUUUUGGUUGAGUUAGAGCAACGAAUGCUGAAUUUGUAUGGGAAAAGAGCACAAGAACUUAUCUCCAGAAGGCGGCAGGACGUCAAAGACCAAGCAGAAGAACUUUCAAUGAGCAACUCAAGACUUGGAGGUGGCGUCUUAAAAAGAGAUGAAGUCAAAGCACGGCGAGCAGCUGAAAGAGAAGGAAGAAGGAUCAGGAGAGUGCGUGCGCGAGAGACGAAAUCGUUGGGGAAGCAUGUUGAUGGUAUGUCCAGUGAUGAUGAAGUCACUGAAAGAGAAGCUGCCAACUUCCGCUCCCAAAAAGAAACAAUUGAGCAAGAUGCUGUGCGACUGUUCGAAGAUGUUGUCGAGGACUUUUCAUCUGUUGGAGGUGCCUUGAGAAAGUUUAACCAAUGGAGGACAGAGGAUAAGACAGCCUAUUGCGAGGCUUAUGUUAGCAUAACGUUACCUAGAAUAUUGGCCCCUUUUAUCCGCCUGGAUCUAGUUUCUUGGAAUCCUUUAUUAGCUAAUGGUGGUGACCUAGAUCAGUAUCCAUGGUACAAAAGUUUGAUGCUUUAUGGAGUGCACCAGGGUGAGACGGAAGAAAUGCUCAAGGAAGAUGUAGAUGUGCAACUCGUGCCAAGGGUCAUCGAAAAAAUAAUCAUUCCAAAAUUAACUCAGCUAAUUUCAUCUUGUUGGGACCCCAUGUCAAAUAGUCAAACUCUUCUAUUAGUCACUCUUCUAACGCAUCUAAUCCAAGAUCAUCCAACACUAGGACCUGAAAGCAAGCUUCUGACAUCGCUAUUUGGUUCUGUCAUCGACAAAAUGAAAGACAGUGUCGAAAAUGAUGUAUACAUCCCCAUCUAUACCAAACAGACAAUGGAAACAAACAGGUGGGGCCCAUUUUUUCAGCGGCAAUUUGCAUCCGCCGUCAAGUUGUUGACGAAUUUGGUCCGGUGGCAAGGUCUGAUAAGCGAUACACUUCUUGGACAAGUUGCUAUUGACCCGGUCUUAAAUCGCUAUUUACUGAUGUCACUUCGAACUUUAGAGCCUAUUGAAGCCUCAAUUAAAUGUCACACGAUAGUCAAUGUGUUACCUCGAGUAUGGCUGCAUCCCAGUUGUCCACUUACGCAACUGAAACCAUUCCUCGAAUUUACUAAAACUGUCGGCAAGCAAAUGGAUUCAACAUCAUCCAUGGCUAGGGAAGCACUGAAUAACAUCAAUAAAAUGUUGAAAUAUGCCUCUUGAGCUGAGAAUCGAUUCUAGUGAGGAGGAAAGAAUGGAAGAUGCAUCCAUUUCAUCAAAGGUCGAUAAAUAAUUAUUUUUAAAAUAUAUUCAAUCAUGUUGGAAAAGACUAUAGUCUCCCUCCACCACUUAGUAUAAUGUUAAAUGAAGAGGAGAAAUGAAUUCAGCGAAAAUUUUUGUUUGAAGCCUUGUUACUUCAGUUUUGAUGGCUUCGAUCCUCUUUCGGUCCAUCAUCAAGCAAUGAAUGAGGGAAUAUUAAUCAAAACUGUCUCUCUUUCGAAGCAAGUCUAUUAAACGUGUCCAUAGGGUACAGGGUUGCUCCUGUUAAGAAAUAUUGGGAAACCCGGGAAAAGUCAGGGAAUUUUAAAAUGUCAGGGCAAACCUGAAAAUGUCAAGGAAAAAUUGCCAAAUCACCUUAAUUUCCUUUCUAGAAUGGGUUUGACGUUUCGCACAACAAAUUUGGCCGGAAAGCUAUUUCAAAUCAUGUCUUUUUAAGCAUCUGCCAUAUUCUUCAUUGUCAGAGAAUUUUACCAAAAUGUAACAGAAAAGUGGGGGAAAUGUCAAGGAAUUUCAUUUUCUAAAUUCCGUAGCAACCCUGAGGGUAGUAAAAAAUAGGCAAAUCCAUGAUCUUACAUGAGCCUCUAGAUAAGAAAAGAAGCCUCUAGAAGGUCUACAUUAGGACACUGCAUCAUGUGGUUUCUAAUUUAAACUUCUCACCCGAGAGAAUCAAGAAGUCUUUUAAUGAAAGUAAUGCCAAAGCACUUUUAUCAAGUUUUAUCCUUUGUAGCUUAUGACUAAGGUAAUGGUUUUUCGUCUGAACAACCAAAAUUUUAUCUUCGUACAUCUGUUUUGUUUGCGGAGUUGGUGUAAUAGAAAACUGGGAAUAUUUUUAAUUUUAAAAUCUUAAACAGGGAGCAUGAAUUUAACUUUUACUGUUACCACAGCAGGAUUUUACCUCAGUCAUAAAGACUGCUACGUCAUGAUUAAAUCUGCUGGUUCAGCUGGAUCUUGUUUUUUUUUGUUUUUUUAUUUUUUUUUUUAUUUGUACCUCUAGUGUCUAGAGGUAAAUAUCAGAGCUUCAAUAGGCGAUUGGACAAGGUGUGAACUGGAGAAAAACAUUACGUUUUCAUCCCAAUACCUUAUGCAGAAGAGGAUUUACACAACUGAAAGUUUGGAAAUCAACUCUUGCGGCCCGAUUAUUAAAACUAUAUUGGCACAACAAGACAAGACCUAGCCCUGUCUCAACCAUGCAGUAUAUCGCAUUUUGAUGUCUUAUCGAGUUGCUAAUCGGCCCAUGAACAAGAUAUUAACAAUAUUUUCUGCACAUAUUAAAGGAAAGAUAGAUUUUACAAAGACACCAAUUGUAUCUUUGAUUUUUAAACAAUGUUAAUUGUAAACAGUUGUGUCUUGUUGAUUUCAAGACUUCCCAUGGUGUCACUCGUUUUCCUUGAGAAAUUUUAAAGAGAAAACAUGCUGCGUAGUGCUUUAAUUUAUACCUUGUCCAGAGCUCAUUUCGUAAAAUGUCAAUCUCAAUAUAGUUUUGAUUUUCCUCUAGCCAUGAAUCAAUGUUAUUUUACUGAAGUUGUGAAUCGCACAAACACUAGGUUUCAAUCCUAUAAAUGUAUAAAUAACCGAGUUUGUGCUACGUAACACGUUUGCUUUGAGGUACAGUCAUCUAAACAAACGUCAAUCAUUUUAUCUGCAGAAAUUAUUCUUCACUUUGUUAUGUUUUUGUAAUUUAAUAGUAAUAUAUGUAUUUCUUCCAUGUAAAA